AAUCAGUCCGUUUUGUGAGCUCGCCGUUGAAGGACGUGGUUUGUUAGUUUUCGGUGUCCGUUGUCGUUCCUUUUUUUUUUAUCUUGUUCCGAUUCUAACAAAAAUCCGGUUGCGCGUCGGUUUUUAUCUAAAUUGUUUGGUGUGGAUGGUCUGAGAAACAGUGUGAACCGUGAGUGGUAAACAAUAAUCUUCCGUGUGCUGUGCAAACAAAAUAGUGAGGAAUUUUCCUAAUCGUUGCGAUCAGUGUUCAGCCGUAAGCCCGUAACCAAAAAAACGGCGGCAGGUGGUUUUUUUUGUUCGUGUUCUCGAGGAUCAUCAUGAUGGUGUUUGGAAAAGGCGACGACGACUGCUGCGAUCGCAAAAGCAACAGCAGCAAUGUUUGAGUGUGUGUGCGUGUUGCUGCACUGCAAUCAUCAUCAACCGUCAUCAUCAUCAUCAUUGCAUCCCUUUUGGGUGCACCCCGAGUAAAAAUAUACGCGAAGGUCCGUAGAGCGAAAAAAAAAUAUGAUUGAUUCGGUAAUCGCAGCUCAGUAGUGCGCAAGUGAGGAGUAUUAUUAUUGAAACGUCGAUUGUUAUGGCAACGCAGUGAAUCAACAACAAUCACACACAAAGGCAAAGUCGAAGAAGGCAGGUGCUCGAGCAACGAAAUGUCAACCGUCAGCAGCGAGAGUGCGAAUGUGCGAUUCAAAAGUGUGUACGAUUCGACAUCGGAGCAGGCAUCGAUGAUGGUGGGCCAUUAGAUGAUAUUGUUGGCCAGAAAUAUUAAUAAUUACCUACGAGUCAGUGAGCGGGUUUUUGUGUGGUCACCGUGAUUAAUAAGAGUGUUGUUUGGUGAGUGAGCAGUGAUUUUACUAUUCGAUUCGUGAAGAGAUUGGAUUUCCGUAUAGAAGGAGAAGAGGGCAACGGCUAGCGAGUCAGCUGGGUGCAGAAACACAGAACGACGAGAGCUAAGAACGACAUAUCAGCGAAGGACGAGGAACAGGCGGCCACAAACUCCUGGAAAAAUGAAGGUUACGGUUUGUUUUGGGCCCGCACGGUUCGUGGUUCCGUGCCCACCGGGGACGACCGUGAGGAAACUGGAGCAGGAGGCCAUUAUUCGAUACAAAAGAAAGAAUCCCGAUUCGUGGGUCGUGGUGCACCACCUCCAGUCACAGUCCGGCAUCCUCGAUCCGGACGAUCACAUUGGCGACGUAGCGGACGACCGGGAGGAGAUCAUAGCCAGCUACGAUGACUGCCCGGGAGGACCCGAUCCGGGAGUGCCGCAAGGAGGAGGCGAUGGUGCUAGUGGGAGUUCCGUAGGAACCGGCAGUCCCGACAUAUUCCGCUCCGAACCGGGCAAAUACGGUCCGGAAAGUUCAACGCCACACAUCGAGGUCACCUCGACGGAGCAACCUCCGAUGGGACUGGGACUGCAGGUUCGACGAGGAAGCGAGCCAUCUCUACACCAGAUCGGUGUAACGGACCAGCGAAGUCCGCUGUACAACGUCAGUCCCAAUGGGCACCAGGACACAAAACGGUGGUCGGCGGCGCCGGUGUGCCGAAGCGACACGGAACCACCGGAACGGCUGCUGUCGCCCUCGAACGGAGUGCCGUAUCUCUCACCCGAGUGGAAUGUCCUUCCGGAGGAGGAAUCUCACGACAGUCUUCCGCAGCAGUUCUCCCGAUCGGGGCGGCUUUCGAUGCAGUUUCUCGGGGCCGAAGCCGCCAACGGGUACCGAUGGAUGGAUGCGGCGGAGAGGGUCGCUACGACUGCGGCCUACAAUGGAACGAGUGCGAAUAGUAGCUUUAGCUCCAAGUCGCUGCCGAGGGAGUCGAAGCGGAAGGAACCCCUCGGGCAGGCCAAUGCUUCCGUGUACGAGUCGCUGAGGGAGAAAGAUGGUGAAAUGCUCCUGGUGGUCAACGAAAACGGUGGUCCCCUGGGUCUAACGGCGCUCCCAGACCCGGACUACGGAGGACUGCUGGUGCAGAGCGUGGAACCGGACAGCCGUGCAGAUCGAGGUCGGUUGCGCCGGGGCGAUCGCAUUCUCGAAAUCAACAACAUCAAACUGGUGGGGCUCUCGGAGAGCUCCGUGCAGGAACAUCUCAAGAAGAGCCUUUCGUCGCCGGAGUUGCGGUUGCGGGUAAUCCGGGCCGGAGUCGGCACCAAGUACAAGCGAGACAACCGGGUUUCGCAAAUGAUCGAAGCGGAGGAGAAGCCAACUGCGGUAGGUGGAGCCAAAGUGGCAACGGUUUCGCCCACGAGGAAGGUACCGGGAGCGCCUACGGGGAUCAGCCUGCAGGCGGCCAACACCCGGAAGCUGGGCAAGCGCAUCGAGAUUUCCCUCAAGAAGGGAAUGAAUGGGCUUGGGUUUUCGGUGACGACCCGGGACAAUCAGGCCGGCGGGCAGUGUCCGAUCUACAUCAAGAAUAUUUUGUCCAAGGGGGCGGCAGUUGAGGACGGAAGACUGAAACCGGGCGACCGGUUGCUGGAGGUAGAUGGGGUUCCGAUGACCGGCAAGUCGCAGAGUGAGGUGGUAGCGAUUCUGCGGGCGACGGAGUACGGAGCCACCGUACGGAUAGUCGUCUCGCGGCAACAGGAGUUGGCUGAGGUUGAAGAGCGGGAGAUUGGUUGUGGUGUGGAGAGCGAACAGAAGAGUACGCCGCCGAAACCUCCGCCGCCAGUACUGCCGAAGUCAUCGCUCAAGCAGGGAACCCGGGCUCGAUCAGAGGAGAUGCUCGACACGCAUGAUUCAGCCGUGACCAAUGUACGAUCGACCGUUUCCAAGAACACCAACUCUUCAUCAGUGCCACCCCCGAUCCAGAAGAAACCCCUGACGUCGAUACUGAAGUCUGCGUCGACCAAUCAAGUUUCGGAGCUUCUGCAGGAUCAACCGUCCCAGUUCUCGUCGAUGCCGGGCGCCGGAGGAAUACAAUGGAAGAAUCGGGAGAUUCUGACGCUGCACAUUCCGGUUCACGACACGGAGAAGGCGGGUCUUGGGGUUAGUGUGAAGGGUAAGACGGGAUCCGGGAACAGUAGCGGGGGAAGUGGUGGAAGCGGCGGUAAGCACGAUGGAGACUUGGGGAUCUUCGUGAAGAGUGUGCUGCACGGAGGAGCGGCCAGCAGGGAUGGAAGGCUGAAGAUGAACGAUCAGCUGUUGAGUGUGAAUGGGGUUUCUCUGCUUGGGCAGUCCAACGCAGAAGCGAUGGAUACGCUGAGGAGAGCCAUGCUGCAGACAGGUGGAACCAAUCAUCCGGGAAAGAUCAUCCUAACUGUGGCGCGUCGUAUUGGUCGACCGAUCAGCACAGGCGAACUGUUGGAAACGAUCGACAACUCCAACUCCAGUGAACAAUCCGGGGCCACGGUUAUCUAUCUAAGUCCCGACAAGCAGCAAUCUCAACAGCAGUCAUCCAGCGAAAAACAGCAACAACAGCAGCAACACAAACGCUACAGCAAUCCGGUGCUGGACAGGCUGACGGGUGGCACUGGCCAAACCGUCGGCGGAAGCAACGGCAGCCUGAAUCAUCAUCCCACGAGUGCCAAUGGAAGUCCCACCAUCAACCAAAGACCUUCUCCUCUGGCGGGCCAUGGCCUGCGCAACGAAAGCUACUACAUGGCCACCAACGACAACUGGAGUCCGGCGGCGGUCAAUCUGAACGGCAGCAACGCCGUUCUCAUCGAGGAAGAUCCGGAACCGACCUCACCAACAUUCCAUCUGACGCGGCCAUCGGACGGCGGUAACUCAACCUCCACUCCCAACGGAGACGUGACGUACGCGAGUCAGCUAUCGCUGGACACGAAUCCACCAGCGUCGGAUGCUUUCAGCCGGGACGCCAUCGGCAGGCGUUCGAUGUCGGAGAAACACCACGCGGCGUUGGAUGCCCGGGAAACGGGCACCUAUCAGCGCAACAAGAAACUUCGUGAGGAACGCGAACGCGAGAGGCAGCUAACCUCAGGCGUGGCGGCUGGCUCCGUAGAAUCCGUCACCCAAAUGGGCCGGAUGAGCAGUCUGAAGGCUAAGUCCGAACUGCGAGCGGAAGCGCUUGAUCGGCUCGGGGAACUUGGGCCUUCGCUGGGAAUGAAAAAAUCUUCAAGUUUGGAGUCGUUGCAAACCAUGGUGCAGGAGAUUCAGAUGGCCGACGAACCGAGGGGACCGAAUGCGCUGCGGACGCCUCGCGGCCGAGGACGGGAGGAGGUGCUCAGGGCUGCCGUCGAACGGCCACCGGUGACGCAAGCCAAGAAGCACUGGCUGUUGGAGGACGCCGCACCGGAGGGGGAUUCCGGAGGAUUCGUCCCCCGUGGGUCACCCUUCCAGUCGUCGCUCAACGAUGGCAAGCACAAGAACCGGCAGAAGAAGAGCGGCCUCUUCCGAGGAAUCGGCCACAUGUUCCGAUUCGGCAAGCACCGCAAGGACGGAAUCGCUCCCAUCAGUGACAACGUUCCGGCGGAUUACACCGCUGGCUGGGGAAGCGCUCCCGGUGAUGAUCGAACCCUCUCGAAUGGCGGUAUCACUUCCCAGCAGAAGGGUCAAACCCUGACCGUGAAGCAGAGUAGUUCCAAGGGUUCCGCACCGGGUGCUUCCUCCACCAAUGGGCCUUCUUCGCUGGGUGGCGGUCUGACGAAUGGAACUUCCACCCAUGCCCGAACCAACUCCAUCGAGCGAUCGGCCAGCUCCGGAGUGGUGGUAAGCCAUCCGCCCAUGUAUCAACCUCCUCCACCGCCGCCGCAGCAGAACGGAUCCGCCAUCCAUCACACGGACGUGUUCAACCACCGGUAUUCGCACUACGUCAACUACGAGGAACUGCAGCAACAGAUCAGCCGACGUCAUCAUCAUUAUCAUUCCCAAAGAUCGACCAGGAACACUGCCCCGGUGGACAUCACCCUUCAUCAGCAGCAUCCGAAACUGAAGCAGUCGCGUCCCGUGUCCAGCUAUUACGACGGCGGAGCCAUGUACGAAACCAUCCAGCACAACGGCCUCGGAGGUUCCCAGCGGAAACCGUCGUCGUCCCCUUCGAAACUGCAGCAGCAACAACAACAACAACAUCAGCAGGCGGCCAAUUGGAACGGAACCGUGACUUCCUCGUCCGGAACCGGUCCGGGGUACCAAAAUCACGGUUCGAUUCGCAGCCGGGGUCCCUUCGUGACCCAGGUCCAAAUUCAGAACCAGCUGUCCUAUCAGUGAACGACGAGAGGAAAUCUGGCAACCACCAGAGCUACUAGUGCUGCCAGUUUCCUCGACGCGUGAUCCUCCAAUUAGGGAAAUCUAAAAAAACGUUCUGUGAUGAUUGCAACGUCUCAUUCACCGAAAGUAUAUAAGCCAUCAUCGUUUGCUAUUUUUUUUGUAUUAUUAUUGGUCCGUGUAGAAAAUUAGGUUUACUCACUAGACUUUCGCGCGUUUCCGAAGAAAUCCGAUUCGAUUAAAAAAGUGAUGUUUUAGAUCAUUUUUUUAGUUACCACUACCGCCUAAGUUUCCAACUGUCCCGAUCUGUUUUUUUUAAGCGAAAUGAACAAACCAUCUUUCGACUCAGAUUGGAUAUUCUGUAAUAUGAUCAUAUUUUUAGAUUAAAAAUCGCAGAACGAUUUUCAACGUCCAUCUUUUUACACAUCUAAGUUAUGUAAAAAAACUAGAAUUCGACGAACCGCUUGUAAAUUAUCCGAUUGUUCAGCCUGUACAUAUUUAUUAUAGCUCGCGAAACGAAAAGUGCUUUAUUGUUAUCAUGUAUGUAACAAAGCCCAUAUAUUAACGAAAUCGAAUGUUCUCAACCCGAUUAGAAAAGAUGUUAUAGCGAGAAAAGCUCCAACCGUGUAAAUAUUAUCGAAAUUUGGAACACUCCCGUUCCAAAGCUACUUAACAUCGAGAAACCCUGGAUCGUCGAUCGGACGAAUCCGAAUGUCUCAUACAUUCCAUUGCGAUUUCUCCGGGAAAAAUAUAAAGGUACUUAACUCAGAUUACAUACACACACACACCAAUAUAAAUCGCUAGGAAAAGGCGCACUGUGCUUUACCGCUGCCGCCACGGCCAGCGGUUAUCUACUUAAUUAUAGUUGCCUUAAAUCGUUGUUAGGGACGACACAGAUGUUAACAUUUAUAUCAAAAAGUAUAUAAUUAUUGAAUCAUACGGUAUGAAAAUACACUGUUACAUACAGACAACUCAUAAUUAGUGCAGCAACCAGAGCUAAGCUGCUGCGGGAUCGAAGAAUCUUUGUAAAGUAUUAUAAAGGCGCCGAGAAAUGCAUGAAAGUAAUAAUUACUAAAACGA